AAAUCUUGUAAGGAACUAUGGAAAAUGCAUAACUCCCUGGUGUCCAAGUUGCUGCUGCGGCUCCUGCUGCUCUUCGCUUUGGUGACAGGCGCCUCAAUUGUGGUGCUCACGAAAUGCGGAUUCGAUGAACUGACGACGAAGGAAUCUCAAGCCAAUAAUCCGAGUGAGUCGAGCGGAUUCAGUUACACCUUAAGCGAGCGGGAGGCGGAAAUAGAGCGUCUGAAACAGGAGGUCCUGGCUCUCCGCACUCAAAUCCUCUUUCUGCAGAAUAAUCGCAGUACUGCCAAGCCAUCCAAUGGCAGUCUUCAGUUGCAAGAAACCACCGUGGGUGCACCAACCGCUCCACUGGGUCACCAUUACGACUGCAGCAGCUAUAUUCGCAAGCAGGUGGGCGCCGCAGAAAUUCUACAUGGACUGCCGCUGAACAACGAGUACGAGCUGAUACCCUACAAUCACUUCACCUUCACCCGGGUAUAUCCCAUCGACUUGGGCCUGGGAAAGCGCGUGGUGGAGAAGCCCAUCGGCUAUCGACGACGUGACCUCAUCGAGGCGGUAAACAAAGCGCUGGAGAGCCUGAACCGGAAUCACUCAGCGAGGAUACGAGCCAAGGGAGCUGGUUCAGCAGCGGCUUACGCCUCCGAUGUGAUCAAAUACACCCUGGAUGACUUUAUCGAGGGCAUAUACCGCAAUGAACCCACCACAGGCACCCAGUACGAGCUGUACUUCCAGAGUGUCAAGCACCAGGCGAGUCCUGUGCGGAGAGCCCUGGUCAUGCGACCCUUCGCUCCUCUGCAAACGGUGCAGCUAUCGGAGCUGUCCGCCACUGUGGACAAUGGUAGUGUCCCUCCAACUCACAGCCCGCCCAUAAUCCACGUGAUACUGCCGUUGGCUGGACGCCUGCACAGCUUUCGCAGCUUCCUGCAGAUGUUCGCCAAGCUCGAGGAUCGCCGCCUGGAGCUUAUUGUGGUGUACUUUGGAACUAGCGGAUUGGGGCAAGCUAAGAGCCUGGCUGGACGAACACAAAGGACUCAGUUCCUGGCACUCAAUGAGACGUUCAGUAGGGCCAAAGCAUUAAGACUGGGAGCAGAGCACAUUCAACCUGCAACGGAGGACGUGCUGCUCUUCAUGUGUGACGUGGACAUAAUGUUCACGACCAAAUUCCUGGAGCGCUGUCGCUGGAAUACCGCGCCCGGAAAGAAGGUCUACUACCCCGUGGUAUUUAGCCUGUACAAUCCGCAUGUGGUGUACUCUCUGCAGGGCAAAUCCUUGCCCAGCGAAGAGGAGCAGCUGGUGAUCUCGAGGGACACCGGAUUCUGGCGGGACUUUGGCUACGGGAUGACGUGCCAGUACCGCUCGAACUUCCUAAAGGUGCGCGGCUUCGACGAGGAGGAGAUUGUGGGCUGGGGCGGCGAGGAUGUGAUGCUGUACCGAAAGUAUGUUCGCUCCAAAAUCAAGAUAAUCAGGGCCACCGAUCCGGGCAUCUUCCAUCGCUGGCACACCAAGAUCUGCUCCAGUUCCCUGACAGCCGAUCAGUACCGCGCCUGCAUUCGAUCGAGGGCUUUGAACGAGGCCUCGCACGCACAACUCGGAUUCCUGGCCUUCCGGGAUGAUAUAGCCGCGGCUAAUGCCGCAAAGAUUACGUCUUGAUACGCGACUAUGCCCCAUGUUUCCCCCAUCGCUUGGCUUCUCUACUUGAAAGUGUGUGAAAGGAGAGCAGUGAUAUAGUUUUAAUAUCUAGGAUUUUCUACUCAUUAUAGCUUAUUUAUCUAUUGCGUUUCAUUAUACAAUUGUGUGAUUUCAUUUAUUGCCAGCGAAGUAUUAGUAAUUCAAUGUAUUGUUUUAGAUAGAAUAUACAAUAUUGUGAUAUCUAUUUUAUGCUUCAGUUAAUCAGUUUUUAAAUCAAUUUUAAUUUACAAAAUUUUUAACAGACCACUGCCACUGUAUCACACAUGCAAACACACGUACUUACUGUAGGCCAUAAAGUAUGUACAACUUGAGACAAUAACUCGUAUUUAGCCGAAUCGUUGAAUUAGCUUAAUUGUUGAUCUUAUUGCGCCCUCCAGGGCACACACACACACAUAUACAAAGAUGAAGACAAAUCGCACAGUACACGUACACAUCACAAAUUGUUCUUCCAUGAAGCGAACUAGAUGCAAUCUCCAAAGCCCAAGAAAAUAUAUAUUUACGAGUACCAUAUCGAAUAUGUAUCUCAAACUGAGCCUAGCAAUUCUGCCAGAUUGUUGCGCGCUUUGUAAAAACUAAAUUAAAUCGUUUAAUUAAACUUGU